GAAAAUUAUUUCAACUUGAGAAAGAGAGAGAGAGAGAGAUAGAGAGAGAAAAGAACCCUUGGAAAUAAAAUCGUAAUUGAAUAAAAAAAAAUGUCAUUUAUGUCAUCUGGAGUAUUGUCAGUGAAACCAACGAUCAUCGAACCGAAAUCAAUUGAAGCGAAAAAUGCGUAUACAUCAACUACACUAGCAUCAGCAUCAACAGCAACUGGUCCUAAUGCCAUUUUUUCCGUUAUUCCCAUCAAUAAUAACACCGACGAAUAUGGUCCGUAUGGAAAACCAAACGCAAUUGUAAGACCACUUCGGAGAAAUGAACCAAAUGAAAUGAUACUGCCAGAGGCAAACGAAGCCAAUUUACCGGCUUCGAGUCAAUCAACGCCAAAGGUUAAUGUUCCUGUGAAACAAAAAAAACGAGAAAUCGAUACGUUCACCAAGGAAUUGGACAACAAACUACGACACCUGCAGAAGGAUAAAAAAAAUUCUUCAAAAAAUGAGAAUAACGGAUUGAUUAAUCCAUCGAGUCGUCCUCGUUUCUUUACCACUGUUCCGUCUGGUGUUUAUUUGCCACCCUCAAAAGAAUUACCGAUCGCAUCAAAAGUUCGUAAUCCACGUACAUAUGCAUACUUUAGUAUUCCGAAAAUAUUUGCCCAAAACAUCGAUAAGGGACACAAAGAGAAUCCAAUUACAGAGAUUCAUGCUCUAAAAACAAUGACAACCUAUGGAAAAUCGAUCAAACCGAGAGGAGAAUCACCGUCACAACCACAAAAUAUCAUGUAUGACAAGCGUGUGGUGCGUGGGAGCAACUACAGUCACAUCCAUAUGCAAGCGUGGAAUCCAUACUUUGCUUAUGCUGGUCUUCUAUCAGGAAAGGGUGAUAUUGAUGCGAUGUCAAAGGAGUCGGAAGCCGAACGACGUCAAUUGCUACGAAAACGUUAUUCAAAUCGAAGUAAAAGAAGUGUUAUUGGAACACCGCCACCCGUUAAGGGUCGACGCCAUGAAACAAUCCAAACGGAACGUUAUCUUGAAGAGUUACUCGUUAAGCCAUCCGAUUUCAGUGUUGAAUGUCAAACCGAUUUGUAUUUGUAUGAUAUACCAAAUGUGCCAUACAUGUCAUCAAAAUCGGGUGUUGAUGUUGCGACCGAAACAAAUAUGGAAGAAUUGUACAAUUUUGAUGAGGAAGUUCAACCAAUUCUGGACUCUUUAGUGGAAAUAUCAAUGAAACAAGCGCUCAGUGAAUUUAUGCAAGAAGAAGAAAUGGCCGAAUUGCAAAGAGACACCGAGAAAUAUUUAGCUUUCAGGGAAUCGCAAAACUCCGAAUUGAAAAGACUGGAUACGGAACAAAAUAUGGAAAUGAAUACAAAUAAAAUCGAUGAACAAACGACUGACGAUAUUAAUGCUGCCAAAUUGCUCCAUAACUAUGUUUCAAAAUUGCUGCCGGAUGUUUUGAGCACAGUUGAUGCUGAAAUUAAUAAAAACAUUAUUUUAGACGACGAUAAACAUUUCAAACCAUGGCUAGCAAAAGAGAUCGCAUCUGAAGUUGGCCAAAUGAUAGACUCACGCGAAUCACUUGAAAAAUUGGUGAAAGACAUUGUGGAAAAUCGUGCCGAAACCUAUUUAAAACAAGAAAAUUAACCAAAUGAUAAUACGGUCAAAACGAAAACAAUACAAAUAAAAUGUUUACACGUUACUCUUAGCUCUUGAACAUAUCCAACAAAAUGACUUAAAUAAUUUAAACAGGAAAAAAACCACACACAAAAUCACCGUACACACACAUAUUUUGAAAACAUGUGAAUAGAGUGAAAUCAUUUGAAUUAUUCAAUUUUUCACACAAUUUGUAGCAAUU